UUUUUUUUAAACGGUACUUCCGGCUCACCUUGUAGGACUCUUCCGGUAGCAGAUUGUGAUCCCUGAGUUGUCGUACAAACGUGUGCGGGUUUUCCAUGCACGACAUUUCGGUCUUUGAACAGUGGAAGAACCGUAGCAGUUCUUCGUCUGCUGGUAACUCCAUUAUGCGGCAAAACUCGAACCCGCGUCGAUAAUUGAGAAGCUACUUCAGAACCGAUAGUCGCCAAAAACACGCUAAAGUCGAGUGAGUCUGUCACGGUGGUCAGCCGCCUUCAAACAAACAUAUUCCCGCCUCUUGCAAGAAAAUGUAAAAUGGCGCCGAGAGGCAGGACUUUAGAAACAACUGCCCACUAAGAGUCACCGACGAAAGUGAAAGUACCACUCCACACGGUUUAAAGCGGUGCCACUGAAACGUUUGUUAUUUACUUUAUUUAAGUUAAGCCAUUAAAGCGGGAUAGCGCCACCGUGUUGACGUGUCGUCGUAGUUGACUGCCAUAAACUGGUGGACGAGUGGACAACUAAACUACUGAACUUUGGAGUGGAGGACGGUGGACUUGCGCUUCCCAUCAUCGCCGGUCUUCACCACUUGCAAGACUGUUCCCAGGCGUCGAUCCAAAGCGUUCAGGUGUGGCUCAGCGAGUAAGGGCGCCACGGCUGCCAAAGGAUCUUGGCCCAGAGAUUCCCUCAUGACAUCGCUCAGGCGGAAGUCCGGAAGGGACAAGAGGCGUAAGCGGAGGAGGGUGGAGCGACGGAUCCUGGAAAGUUCCACCUUCCUUUCAAGCUCCCCUUCCAAGUCCUCCAUCCUCCAGGGCCUGUCUGUGCCAGAGUUGUGCCCGGGAUCAAAUGGCCUCUCCGGGCCGACAGACUUGCCUCCAUUCUCCAGCACUGCUGAGGUGUUGAUGUCAGUCUGGUUGUGAGGAAACAGGUUGAUGUCCGCCUACAUUGGAGAACAGCAAAGGUUUUCAGUGCCAGUUCCACCGGCGUGGAUGCCAACAUGUCUGCCGUCAGUAGCGACCAGCUCCAUCGAUCCACUUUGGGAAUUUACUCGAGCUUAAUGGAUGAGUUCAACCCGGGUCUCCAGAAACUGGUGUCACUGGGACACAGCUACGCCCGCGCUUUUCAAGCUCUGGCUGUAAAAAGCGAGGCUUACUUCACUGCACUUUCACAGAUGGGAGAGCAGGCUUUCCACACCAUGUCGUCACAACCCAUAGGAGACGUUUUGAUCCAGAUUGCCGAGAGCCAAAGGAAACUAACCUUGGAGCUGGAGGGAGUGUUUCGCUGGUUCUCUGAGGACAUUCUUCAGGAGAUGGACAGCAAUGUGAGACUGGACAAAGACUACAUAUUGGGCAGCAGAAAGCAAUAUGAGAUGAGCGUCCACAGUCAGGCGGCAGCUAUGGACCGUCAGCUAAGACGUGGCGCUAACCAGGAUGGUACUAGUGAGUACAUGCAUUUCCUUCGGGAAAGCCAUGGCGAGGCUCUGAAGGAGGAAGAGAGGCGAUACCGCUUCCUGGCUGAGAAACACUGCGCCCUCAUCCAGUCCUUCUCCCGCCUCAUGAAUAAGAACGGCUCGAGUCUCCAGCAGAAGGCGGGCUCCUGGAGAGAAGAGGUAGAAGCCACCAGAGAAUCCCGUGCUGCUUCAAGGCCCCCUGCUUUGGAUAACACUGCACACGUAAGACAGGAGAACAAGAAGAACAGAGAAGAUCAGCCUCUCGGCAACAUACCAUCAAGAGCGCCGUCCCCCCAGGGAAGCAUCUAUCGCUCCACGGCGGAGUCGGUCGGGGGUGUAGGAAGAUCCAUGAGGGCCCGAGUGGCCCAUCAGCCCGGUGGCGGCAAUCCGACCCUGCUUCACUUCACCAGGGGAGAGAUGAUCACCGUGCUGGUCCAGCAGCCCAAAAACGGCUGGUUGUACGGCCGUGCUGCCGCCAACAAUUCACGUCAGGGAUGGUUCCCGGCCUCCUAUGUGGAAGACGUGGAUGACCUCACGAUGACGCCUGACUUGGGCUCCAGUGUGCGGGGAAGAACCAACAGCAGCGCGAGUGGCCGCAUGGACCCGCCUAGAAACAACACCGCACCCCCGCCCCCGCCACCAUUACUACUCCCUCAGCCUCCCAAUAAAAAGUCCGAGACGCAAGCAGGCAUAUCUGACAAGAGGACGGAGUCUUAUCCCGAAAAAAAGGGAUCCCAACAACAGGCAUCAAGACCUGAACUCUUUCCAAAGGGUACCAACCCAUUUGCAACGGUGAAGUUGAAGCCGACGUCCACCAACGACAGGUCAGCGCCUCGUCUGUAUCGCAAAUGACGUAUGAAAUAAUUCACUUCGCCAAAGUGAGACACGAGGAUCUCCGGGACCGUAUGCGAGCGACCAACAAAACAAUCUGUUCGACUUUUCAUUGGACCAAGUCGAAGGUAUUCAUCACGAUGAUGACGUCGGGAUGCUUAAUUCAUCUCAACUGUCGAGAUACUUCACGUAACUUCGUAACUGCAAGGUGUAAAUAAUGGGUAAGUGUUCUAAUGCACACAUGCAGAUGACCAGUAGGGGGCAAUAACACUUUAAAACAUUACAAAAAAAUUGCUUUUUUAAAAAAAAAUAAUCAAAUAAAAAAAUAAUUUUUAAAAAGGGACGUUAGAUAUAAGAUGGAGUUUUGUUUAUGUUGUCAGUUCUUAUCAAUUAUUAGUUUGUAUCCAGUGCCAAAUUCUCGAUGUAGUCCAUGACCUUUGCCCUCCGCUAUGCAUUUUUUCACCAGUCUAAUGUAGUUUUUUUUCCACACAGAUACCAAUAACUCUAUGCUUCUCAAUACUGAUACCGAUAACCGAUUUUUCAAAAAUAUAUCAAUUUUUUAAAAAUGUUGAUUUAACUGACGUUUUUACACACCAAGAGAUAAGAAACAUUGAAACUAAUUAGGAUUUAACAAAUUAUUGAGUUGUUCUAAUGAACUAUGAUGACAUCACUACUAUCCGGAGAACCAGAGUAAUAGAGGCUGAUGAGCCACCUGGUGUGGCCCAGAAAGGUGCACCAUAUUCGGGUACAUACUCCGAGUACACAGAGGUCUCUGGAAAACCUUUUUUUUUUUUUUUGCACUUUUCGAAUGUCUCUUAAAACGAUGAAUGUUUGUUUACAAAGUGAGCUCAGAGAGACGUUAGGACAAAGCGUUGACGUCACGGGCAGGAAAAAAAAAAAAAAGGAGGGCUUGAUUUGCUCACCAUGACACAGUAUUGGUAAUCUUCCCUCAUUUGGAGCUUUCUUUUUAAAAUAGAGCUAUUUUUACUUAACGGAUUUAACGGUAUGACGUCAUAAUUAUCCCGCACACCUAACAAUGACACAUCUGGAAGAUUGUUGAAUAUUACAUAUGUAUAAUAUGAUUGGAUUUUA